AUGUUCUUCGAUGCAUGGCCAGAAUUUCAAUGUCUGGCCUGCUGCAGCAACGCCGAUUCGGUGGUCACGAAGGACGAAGUACCUGCAGAGAAGCUGGUCCCAGUCGCGACAGUGUUUUCAAGACCUGCAGACGUCACUUUGGCGGACCCAAGCGCCGAAGAGGUGCUCCAGAGCAGGCCAAUGGUGUGCAGACGCCCGCGCGUCCAACAAGCGAGUGGGGACGAGGAGGAUGUGCCUGUCGAGGUCGUCGGUGACGACUGGCCGCAGCAGCCUCCUGAGAAAAGCUUCGGCUCCUUAUCAGCUCGCCUACAGAACGAAGACGUGCAGCGGAUUGUGGUUACCGACCUCAAAAACUUCAAAGGACACAUUCGGUCACCAGAUCAGCGAGACAUGUUCGCCGAUGACAUGUGCCGACGCGACUGCUGCCGCGAGGCACUGAUCAUGGCCAGGUUUGCGAAUGCCGAAGUGCAAGACAAACUAUCCCCUCUGUUGGGACGAGUGUCCAUGACGAAGAGUGAGGCUCUGCGAGAGACUGGUGCAGUGACUGUUGAGGACUGCCGCACCACCGAAAGGGAUGCUGCCCAUUAUUGCCACUUGGAGGUCCCAGCCGCUUUUGGCAGGCUCACGGAUGAGGAGCAAGCCGGUGCAGAUGACUUUGAGGAUGGUGAUGGAUUGGUGAUUCCAGUGGUUUCACGAGAUGAAGCAUCCUUCGGUGGUCUCACCCUUGAAAAGACUUUGCGGCGAUACCAGGAUGCCUGCGAACGGGCCGCGAAUGCCGCGAACA